GGAACGGCACAUCCAUGUAAACAAAGUCAACUGGUGUCCAAUUGAUAGUUUUGCGAUCAGAUUGCACUGCAAUUCUUUGAAUUUUCAGUCUUUUCUGAUUCUUUUAUGCCCGCCAAUAAGUCACUCAGCUAACAAUGAGCUGAUGGUAUCCGUACUUCAACGAUUCACGAUUCGAUCGAGAACAGGACGUUUCGCGCCCUGAUUCCUCGUCGCCGUCAAGCCCACGUGAACUGACAUUGACUUGAGUAAAGAAGGAAAUCAGGGCGCACUGGAAUCAUCACCCGCUCUCAUUCCCGCCUCUCUCGAAUUGCUCCCUCUCCUCCCCGGUUUCGUUCCCGAGCCCUGCUUCGCUAUGGAGAACAUCAAUGUAUCUGAACUCGCGGAGCGACUAGGAAGCGAUGAAGAUGCCGUUCGCAAAAUGGCCGUGUUUAAGCUCCAGUCGAAUAUCGGCGACCCUUCUUUUGCGGACGUCUUUAUUUCGGAGAAAGGAUUGGUCAAAUUGAAGCACUUGGCUAUGACAGCGACCGGAAACACACUGGCAUACAGUCUUACUUCAUUUGCAAGAUUGUUGGAGGUUGACAAGGGUUGGGAGGUUGUGGAUGAGGAGUUUAUCGAGAGGAUUGUCCAGCUUAUCGUUACCCACCCUCUCGUUAAUAUCCUGCGCGGUGCGAUGUCUAUUCUGGUGUCAAUUGUUUCCCAUCCACAUAGUUCGGGACGCGCUUCCGUGCACAGUCAUGUUAGUCUUUUCGGGUUCCAGGCUCUCAAACCGGCUAUCGCCAUUCAUUCGCAAUUUCUCGAAAUGCUCGUUAGCAGAUUGUCCUCUGCCGACCAUGCGCUGUGUGCGAAUUCCCUUCAGUUGAUAAAUAGCCUGAUGAGAGACUCGAUAAUAUCUGAAAGCGAGGCAGAAUGGCCGAAGUUUAUCAAGAGGUUACAAGAUUUGGGAGUGAUUCGGGCUGUAUAUGUGCUUAUGCAAGGUUCUGCACUCCAGGAUCUUGCCCAACCCCUCCUCGAGUUUCAGUCCCUUACAAAAGUAUUGUUGAAGAAAUGGAGAGAUUUUCCUGUGGAGUUGGAAAACACGGAACAUCGCAGAGCCUUAAAGGGCAUACACCUUGCAAGUAACCCUGAAAAGCCGGCACAAGAGACGGAAAAGACUGGGUCAAGAAGACACAAUCCACAUAAAUGGAGAAGGCUUGGUUUUGAGACUGAAAGUCCGCAAUGGGAUUUCCAUGAUAUGGGAUUCCUAGGCAUGAUGGACUUCACUGAUUUCGUUAGAAGAUAUCAGGAUCAAUUCCAGAAGAUGCUUUUAGAGCAAUCCACAAGGCCUGCGGAGCAGAGGUGUCCAAUUGCGAGGGCAUCCUUGACCGUUACUGCCAUUUUAUACGAACAUUUCGAGAUCGACAAGGCCGAUUUGGAAGAUCCGAAGAGUUACCUGAUUCUCGAGUCACGGUCGAACCUUGACAAAGUGUUUAAACCGUUGCUGCUUCAUUGGCCUCGCCUGCAUGUUGCAGCCCUGAAUGCCUUUUUUCGCCUAUGGAAAGCAACUGGGGCUGAGGUGGAAGAUUUCUCAAAAAUCGCCGAACUAGUUCGAAUUCUUGUUGAAUCUGUUGUUGGCGGAGCUAUACGAACCAAAGAUAUGCAUGAAAUCGAAGAAGAGAUGAAUGACUUUGAAUAUCAGCGACUUAGGGAAUUACAAAUGGAAUUGCUGGAGCUAACUUACGAAGAUGUCUGGGGCCAACACCUUCAUCAGGUCAGGGAAGAACUGCACCAUGAAGCUCUACAGUUUGUCAAGGAACAGCGGAUCCGAUGUCUAUUGCAAGGCGCAUGGUUCCCAACGGAGUCGGGCUCUAAAGGAGAAAAUGGAGCUUCUUCUAGACCAGACAUGAAACGAACAAAUUCGACAACGUACAGAUAUGCACAACUGUCACAUAAUCGGCGGUACCUUCACUAUGCGGACUUUGACUCCGUGAAUAAUGAGAUUCCUGAUAUAGAUUCACUUACGCACAAAAUCGAUCUCAAUGCCGUUUCCUCUGUGGUAUCGAACGUCUCGGCCUCAUCCGACUCCUCCUCUGGCUCAACAAUCAAAACCCUCGCACAUUCUUCUUCCACAACGAAAAUCACAAUCCACGGCUACGUUCAAAGCCCGUCGUCCUCGAGCAACAACCCUAAAUCGUCGUCUGACCCACAUAACGAAAAAGCUAAUCGUCAGCGAUCAAAUACCGUAAAAACCAACCAAACCCAGAAAGAAAUCGUCCUCUUGACUCUCCAUCCCCAGUCACACAGCAUCGCAUCGGAAUGGCUAGAUGGCCUCCUUAUGCUCCUAAACCAGCAGCCCAUAACUGCAGAGACAAAUAAGCUGAUCAAUCUAGUGAGCAAUUACGGACUGAAGAUUCGGCUCCUUAAUGUGCGGUUUGAUGAUGCCACGUUUAUUGGAGAGUGUCCAGAUAUUCCGAGCCGUGAGGGACUGGAUGAAGACUAUUAUUAUGAUAUUUUUGCUGGUGCUUAG